AUGAGUGGAAGAAGCGGACGGGCAAUUGCGAGUGCGACUCAAGGAGGGAGGGAGAGCCAUGCACAGUUUAUGCCUUUCACAGUUUAUGCCUUUCACAGUGGUCUCCCUAUAAAUAAUAACCUUUCACUCUUUCUUCCUAAAGGGAGCGAGUAUCAGAGAGUGAGCAUGAGCAAGCAAGCAGUAUUUCUUACGGAAAGUAAAAGCAUGGCCACCUGGCGCCUCAUACCAUUCUCCCUCCAUUUCUCUAGGCUUAUUCGUAAGGGUCUCGUCGGCCUCUCACCUUUUUCCAGAGUUUCGACGUCGAUUUCUUUUCUUUCUAAUCUAUCACGCUUGAUUGUAUCAUCCUCGAAAAUGAAUAUUCGGUUGGCUGCACCAACGCAGAGAUACACCGGAAAUCUCCCAAAGUUCACCAGUUUGGUGAGGAUCUGGCGUCGUCUUCCACUGGCCAAUUCAUGCCUGCCAGAUACUCCUAUAUGUGUGGUAUCAAUGACGUACAAAAAUGCAUAUGUGGACAGGAAAUUGCUUGAGAAUUUGUAUGGGGUCUCGACACAUCCACCUGAUUUCUACGUUUCCACUAACGGAUCAGGCCCAGCAGAAGACGAUAAAGGAACAUGGCCUAAAAUCAAGGUUGGUAACCAAAUCUUUCUUCCUGUCAUGAAAGAAGAGAAUAUUGUUAUGUUGGCAGAGGUUUUUUCCAAUCUGGGGCAAAAUAAAUUUGAAUCUGAUCUCAUUACUGAUGAUGCUAAUAUCUUGAAGCGUGUUCUAAUCCGUAGAGCCAAGACUCAAGUCAUCAAGGUAGGCGGCGUUUAUGCUUUGGUAGAAACCAGUUCCAUCUUCGACGGAAAGAAGUUUCUGACACCGUCUGACAAGGCGCAACAAGUUGAAAUUCUGAUGGCUAGUGGUGGUGAGUAG